GAAUGAACUCUCAUCCUGCGUGUUUCACAGCACCCUUCAAUUUGCUCGAUUUGGAAACGACGUCUACCGUCUUCGCCGCGUGUUCAACGCGUCUGUGGUCAUUGCAAAAAUUGAAGAACCCGAUCGAAAGAGAUUGAAAUUGAUGCAAAGACGAAUUACUGUAAAUUUGGGAGAAAACGUGGUCUUGAUGAUGGCCUCGGUUCGGCAACAGCUGAGUAAUCUAGCUCAUUCGGGGGGUUCUCACAAGGACCAGGCAGAAAGGUACCGAGCGAUAUUGGAUGCUCUGCUAACGUCGUCGGGCGAGGAGUUGGUUGACGCGUUGAAAGUCUUUAUCGAAGCGAUCGUCAAUGAGAACGUAAGUUUGGUUAUAUCGCGACAAGUUUUGACAGAGGUUAGUAGUCGGCUGCUUGCCUUACCUGAUGAAAUUUCAAAGGCUGUUUCUCAUUACACCCUCGAUAAGGUUCAACCGCGUGUUAUAUCAUUCGAGGAACAGGUUGCCAGUAUCAGGCAGCAUUUGGCUGACAUCUAUGAGCGCAAUCAAAAUUGGCGAGAGGCGGCAAAUGUUCUCGUUGGUAUACCGUUAGAAACUGGACAAAAGCAAUAUACUGUCGACUACAAGCUCGAUACUUACCUCAAAAUUGCGCGGCUCUAUUUAGAAGAUGACGAUCCGGUUCAGGCAGAAGCAUUUAUAAACAGAGCAUCACUUUUACAGGCAGAGUCAAAAAAUGAGCAAUUGCAAAUUUACUACAAAGUUUGCUACGCUAGGGUGUUGGAUUACAGAAGAAAGUUCAUCGAAGCUGCUCAGCGGUACAACGAACUCUCGUACAGAUCGAUUAUACACGAAGAUGAGCGUAUGACCGCGCUUAGAAAUGCAUUGAUAUGUACUGUACUUGCAUCCGCAGGCCAACAGAGAAGUCGCAUGUUGGCUACCCUGUUCAAAGAUGAACGUUGCCAACAGCUGCCGGCAUAUUCGAUUCUUGAAAAGAUGUACUUGGAUCGUAUCAUUCGACGCACCGAGCUACAGGGUUUCGAGGCGCUCUUGCAGCCCCAUCAGAAAGCCUGUACCAUAGACGGCUUGGGUUCAACAAUUUUAGACCGAGCUGUCAUCGAACACAAUCUCUUAUCUGCCAGCAAACUCUACAAUAACAUCACCUUUGAGGAGUUGGGGGCUCUGCUCGAAAUUCCUCCGACGAAUGCAGAAAAAAUUGCCAGUCAAAUGAUUACAGAGAGCCGAAUGAACGGAUACAUUGAUCAAAUCGAUUCAAUCGUACACUUUGAAACCCGUGAAAUCUUGCCAACUUGGGACAAGCAAAUACAGUCUCUUUGUUACCAGGUGAAUCAAAUAAUAGAGAAAAUAGCUCAGACUGAACCUGAAUGGAUAGCCAAAGCUACAGAAGACCAGAUGGUACACUAAUAUUAAAUUGUGUCCGCCGAUUAUCCAGUGUCUGAGCGAGUAAUCUUGCACAGCUUGUCACAUACCACACAACAAAAAAUUAAAAAUAAAACAUAAGCGGGGGUAAUGUGAUGUGAAAAAUUGUUCCCGGUGCCGUGAUUUGGUAGAAACGCGCUGUGCGUCAAAUUACCAUAUUGCUCCGAACAUAAGCAGAGGUUUUUGGCCGUUAACAGUUCUCCCUUUUUAUGUACUGGUAACUAAGAAAACACUCUGAAAUACUAUCUCAGAAUUUGGGGUCGUCUUUUAUGUGGGCUCAAUUUAUACUCCGAACAAUACCGUAAUAUCAUUAAAAACACAAAUUGUCUCAGCAGCUGCCAUUGUACAAACAAAGUUUCACUAAUCACGAAAAAUAUAGAUGACUUCUUAAAUAAUUACAGUGUCAUCCGUGAAAAUGACGACGAUCGGAUCGAAUUUCUGUAUGGAAAUAACAAUUGGUGGUAAAUAAUGUGUGUUACUUUCAAACCAACAACAACUACCCUUGUCUUUUGGUUAUGGAAAAGCAAGUCUUUCGCCACAUGUAAUACUACAUAUAUAUAUACACAAGGGUGAGCAAAAAAAAAAAGAUUUUUUUUUUUAUUCUUUGCUCAAAAUAUCACCAUGUGGACAUCCUGUCCAAAGCGAAGCCCAUAAUUUCAAUUUUCAGAGUUCUUACAUCGAACCUAAAAUUUUCUUAUUGAAUUAACACACAAAAGAGGAUUUUUCAAAAUUAUUUUCCCCUGAAACC